AUGAAAGAUUAUGACUGUGAAAAGCUCUUGAGGUUGCCAAAUCUACAGAUAAGGCUUGGCAUUUUCAUGAUCUUUGUUUUCUUGAUUAGCAACAUUGUUGUUUUCUUUAGAUCUCGAUUUCCAAUACCUGGUUUCUUUAUAGUUAUGGUGCCUUUGAUUGUAAUAUUUACCAUGGGUCUUGCACUUGCUGGAAUGGACAAGAUGGAGAGUAGUAGAAUAAUGGCAACACCUGCUUGGUUUAAAGAAAAAGUUCGUCAUCAUGAUCACUGGAGAAACAUUAAAUCUUGCAUCUAUAAUAAUGGAUUUUGUGAAGACUUGGCUUCAAGAUCAAUGAAUCUAAAAGCAUAUGAGUUCAGUUUGAAAAAAUUAUCAUCCGUGGAGUCUGGAUGCUGCAACCCACCAAAAAUAUGUGAAAUGGAGUAUGUGAAUGCAACAUUUUGGAGAAAAGGAGAAGAGAUGAGUGAAAAUCAAGUGCAAAUAGGGGAUCGUGAAACAUGGAACAAUAAAUGUAUAUACUAUGUUAUGACUGUGAGACUUGCAAACAAGGUUUGUGGGAAUAAUGGAAAAAAUGGCGGAAUCUAG